GAACAUGUCUGCUACAGUUGGAAAAAAGAGAGAUGGAGAGAAAAAUGAGAACAUGAAGCUCAAGAGGAAUGGCUAAUGAAAACAAAGUGGCUAACUAUGCUUUUAUCUUGAGCUUUACUUUCUCUCUUGGAGACCCCACAUUUUGGAACAGGAGAAACUCAUCAUGAAGAUUGAGGAAGAGGGAAAUUAUGAAUGAUUGCAGUUGCACCCACAUAAAAGUCAUAGCCACUCCACAAGAGGGUUUCAGUGCUAGCCAGGAAUAGGAAUUUCUGCUCCUCUAGAGGAAAAGUCUUGGUCUUUGUGCACAUUCACUGAUGAAAUCCACAUUCUUGGUUUGGGUAACUCAUAUUAUAAAGAAUGUUUGCUGCUUUCGAGGCUAUUGCAUCUGACUAUAAUGAAUGACAGCAAUGCACUUUGAAACGGUGCCACUAAUCUUUUUUAUGGGAUUCCGGAAAAUGGAUCACAGAUAUUGAAGCUGACCCAUGUGAUAUUGUUAAAUGGCCAAGAAGAAGAGCUGGUUUAGUCUGGUGAAGAGGCUCUUUUUGAGGGAUCCCACACAAGAUAAGGAUAAAAGGAGGAAAUGGAUAUUUGGAAGGCUAAAGAGCAAGAGAUUACCUUCAAUUACAGCUCCACUUCCAUCUAAAGAGACAACACUAAGCGAAGCAGAGGAAGAACAAAGCAAACAUGCUUUAACAGUGGCCAUUGCCUCAGCAGCAGCUGCUGAAGCUGCUGUUACUGCUGCACAUGCUGCUGUUGAGGUUGUUCGCCUCACUGGGGUCUCACAAUCUUCCCUUAUUUGCAAGGAAAAGUCAGAAGAAUCUCAACCUCUCAAAACUAGUAAUGCUGCUCCUCAAUUCACAUACCAGUGCAAGAGGGACAUUCAAGAAUCUGCUGCAGUUAUCAGAAUUCAAACUGCAUUUAGGGGUUACCUGGCAAGGAAGGCUUUGAGGGCAUUGAAGGGAAUAGUGAAACUACAAGCUAUCAUUCGUGGCAGAGCAGUAAGACGCCAAGCUAUGAGUACUCUUAAGAGCUUGCAGUCCAUUGUGAGCAUCCAAUCACAGGUCUGUGCAAGGAGGCUCCAAAUGGUUGAAGGGAGAUGUGACUACAAUGAAAAUGAUGAGAUGCAUGAUUCAAAAGACAAGAUAAUUAGGAUGGACUCAAACAGUGAAAGAAAGUGUGAUGAGAGCACUCCAUCAAAGGAAGAGUUAGACACCUCUUGCAUAAGCAUGAAAGAAACAGUUCUCAAGAGAGAAAGAAUAAAAGAAUACUCAUUUAACCAUAGAAGGUCAGCAGAGUCAGAAAGAAGUAAAGUAAAUGGAAGAUGGAGAUACUGGCUAGAGCAGUGGGUGGAUACACAACUUUCAAAGAGUAAAGAACUUGAAGAUUUAGACUCAGUUUUUAGCUCUCAUGCUAGGAGUGGGGAAGAAUAUGGAAGCAGACAACUUAAGGUGAGAAGUAUUAACAGGCAAAACCCAGUUGAAGGAUUGGAUUCUCCAACACUUGGUUCAAGAAGAUCUUUUCCUCACAGGAGACAGUGUUCUGUGGGAGAAGACCAAUCAUUUUCAAGCUCUCCUGCAACUCCAGCAUACAUGGCUGCAACAGAAUCAGCAAAAGCAAAAGCAAGAUCAACAAGCUCACCAAAAAUAAGGACAGGGGGGAAUGUGGACAUGAAUUCUGAUAGUUAUUCACCAUGCAAGAAAAAGCUAUCCAUUGCAUCUUCCAUUAACAGUGAGGUUCUUAGUGGUGGUAGGAUGGCCAAGUUUAGUGGUAACCAGCAAAGAUCUCCAAGCUUUAAGGGCCUUUCAGUGCCUAUAAAAUCAAGCAGAACUAUCAAGGAUCUCAGUAUUAAUUCAGAUUGUUCACUGCCUAAUUGGGGUCCUCAAGGUUCCUUCAAAUGAAUCUUUGAAUGCUGAUGUUACUCUUGCUUGCAUUAACACAAUUUCGUGUUGAAAACAUCAUUUGUUUAUAACUAUGUAUGAUAUAUAUGCCAUUGGAUGUUAUUUUGGUUGGAAAUUGAACAUUAAUGUCACAGAAAGUAGUUAGUUAGUUCCUUGAUUAAUUAGGGAUGCAUUUGUUUGCUUGUUUGUCCUUUUAAGAAAAAA